UCUCCCACUCCGGGGCCAGCUAUUUCCCUAUACACCCUACCCCGCUCCCCCGUUUCUGAUUUCAAUAUUCUGGCGUCUUAGAUGUGUGCACUUGAGCCCCGUCUCUAUACAAGAGCUGGAGACGCUCCCUACAGGGUUAACAUUGGAACACCCGGGCCGGGCAGCGGACAGCACUCCAGCACGGGACAGAGGACGCUAGGUCUCCUGGGAUGUGUAGUCCAGGGCGGGUUGCGGAUGCCGCAAGGCCUACUGGGAGUUGUAGUUCUCGGACCCGGAAAGCAAGCACUGCAGGCGGUGCUGGGAGGUGUUGUGAGUACGUGGGCGGGGCCCAAAGUUCCAUCGUGGCCAAGGAGUCUCCCGAGGGAAGGAAAGGAAGUCUUUUCCCGCUCUGGCCUGGGCUGUCAAAUGAGGGGUGAUCUCAGCUGAGUUCAGCUCGGGCUUCUACACUCAAUCAAACCUCGCGGAUAGUAUAUGACUCAAAGAUGGUCGAAGGGCCAUGAGAAAAAAACAGGGAAGCUUCCUUUGCAGAGUCGUGCCGUGGUCUCCGAGAAAAAAGCGGGGGAUACUCUCACUGGUCUUGAAGGUCGCGGUCCUGUCUCUUCCCUUUUGUUCUUUUCCCUCUCCUGCUUUUGGCCACUAAGUGGCCUUUGUACGCCAGAGUGAAACUCCAAGUCCCGUCAGGCCGCGAGGUGCGCGCACGCGUGUUGGAGCUGCCCGGCCACGCUGCAGGAGGAGGGCUAAUGGUUUGGCUUCUAAUUGGUCGGGUCUUUUAAGAUUUGUUUUCGCUGAUUGGCUGGAAUUGCUGCCGGAAAGGUCCCAGCCUGGAGAUGCAAGAGCAGAGGCGUUCUAUGGGCUGGGUUGAAAGCCUCCUCCCUCGAAUUGCAUCGGCCUGACCCCCCAGCCCAGGGGGCACCCAACCAGUGACUGUCCUCUCCUACUCUAAUGUUGCACGUACUCGAUAUUAACCGAGACACGGAGAGUGGGUGACUCUCGGGAGUCAGGGAGGAGAGUGACCGGUCCUGGGCCUUCCCCUCACACCCUGCGACCAGAACUCCAGCCCUAGGGAGUGGGCAGGGCCUCUUGCCGCGCCUUGCUACUCGCCUCCUUCAGCGUUGUCUGCUAGCUGGUUUUCCUGCUCUCUCUCCCAGGAGACGAACGCUUGAGCCCGAGAUGGCAGCCACCCUGCUCAUGUCUGGGUCCCAGAUGAGACUUAAUGUCAUUGCCUUCUCGACAUGUCUAACCAUGUCUCUAAUUUCAAGAAGAAAAGCUGGUUCUAAACUCCUACAUACCAAGUACUGAGGAAGCUUGUGUGAUUUCAGGCCCCUGUGACAUUUGAAGAUAUGGCCAUGUACCUCACUCGGGAAGAAUGGAGACCUUUGGAUCCUGCACAGAGAGACCUUUACAGGGAUGUGAUGCAGGAGAAUUAUGGAAAUGUUGUCUCACUGGACUUUGAGAUCAGGAGUGAGAAUGAAGCAAACCCAAAACAAGAGUUUGGUGACGAUGUGGAAUUCGCAACCAUGUCGGAAGAGCCCCUUGAGAAUGCUGAGAAGAAUCCCGAAAGUGAAGAGGUCUUUGAAAGCGGGGACCAGGCAGAAAGGCCGUGGGGGGACCUGACCGCGGAGGAGUGGGUAAGCUACCCUCUCCAGCAAGUCACCGACCUGCUCGUCCACAAGGAAGUGCACACAGGCAUCCGCUACCACAUUUGUUCCCAGUGCGGGAAAGCCUUCAGUCAGAUCUCAGACCUCAAUCGCCACCAGAAGACGCACACGGGGGACAGGCCCUAUAAGUGUUACGAGUGCGGGAAGGGCUUCAGCCGCAGCUCCCACCUCAUCCAGCACCAGAGGACACACACGGGCGAGCGGCCAUACGACUGCAACGAGUGCGGGAAGAGCUUCGGCCGGAGCUCCCACCUCAUCCAGCACCAGACGAUCCACACCGGCGAGAAGCCGCACAAGUGCAACGAGUGCGGGAAGAGCUUCUGCCGGCUCUCCCACCUCAUCCAGCACCAGCGGACCCACAGCGGCGAGAAGCCCUAUGAAUGCGACGAGUGCGGGAAGAGCUUCAGCCGCAGCUCGCACCUCGCCCAGCACCAGCGGACCCACACCGGCGAGAAGCCCUACGAAUGCAACGAGUGCGGCCGGGGCUUCAGCGAGAGGUCGGACCUCAUCAAGCACUACCGCGUGCACACGGGCGAGAGGCCCUACAAGUGCGACGAGUGCGGCAAGAACUUCAGCCAGAACUCGGACCUGGUGCGCCACCGUCGGGCGCACACCGGCGAGAAGCCGUACCACUGUAACGAGUGCGGGGAGAACUUCAGCCGCAUCUCCCACCUCGUGCAGCACCAGAGGACUCACACCGGCGAGAAGCCCUACGAGUGCACGGCCUGCGGGAAGAGCUUCAGCCGCAGCUCGCACCUCAUCACGCACCAGAAGAUCCACACCGGGGAGAAGCCCUACGAGUGCAGCGAGUGCUGGCGAAGCUUCGGCGAAAGGUCGGAUCUGAUCAAGCACCAGAGAACCCACACGGGAGAAAAGCCCUACGAGUGCGUGCAGUGCGGCAAGGGCUUCACCCAGAGCUCCAACCUCAUCACGCACCAGAGAGUUCACACCGGAGAGAAGCCUUAUGAAUGUACCGAGUGUGACAAGAGUUUCAGCCGGAGUUCAGCUCUUAUUAAACACAAGAGAGUUCAUACCGACUAGGCCCCCCGGAGCUCCGAGUAAGAAAUGACCGGAGGCCGGGUGAUGUUUCUUAUCAGCGAGCUUCCUUUUUAAUGUUCCGACUUCCCUUGUUGUGGGCUACAGUCUAGAACAUGAAAGAGAACAACCCUUUUGAAAAUUCUGACCCACAGCUUCCAGGGUGCUGUCCCCUCCUCCCCAACGGUGGCGUUUAUUCUCAUGAAUUGCUUCAUCAAAGUCAGCCCCCUCCUGGGUAACUUGUGAGCUGAAAACCAGAGGACAAGCAAGAUGCUGGUGGACGCUUGGGUCUGGACAUGAAAUACAUCGUUAACUCUCUCUCCCUCUCUCUCUCUCUCUCUCUCUCACACACACACACACACACACAUAUCUUUGGCCCAAAAAGACUGCAGCAGGAGAAAUAAGGUAGUUCCAGCUGCUUUGUCCCAAGGCAGGUAGACCUGCCCUGAGCUGCGACUGUACACAUGUUAUAGUGGCUGGGCUCACACACCGCCCUUCUAAAGGGCUUUUUUUCUUUCUGUUUUGUUUUUGUUUUUUGAGUCGCUUACCCUCAUAUCUAAGCAUCUUGUGCACAGGAUUCUGCCUGCUGAGAGCAGUCAUCACCGAGUUUCUCCUUGUUUCUCACUUGCAUAACUUGCAUGUUUUUAAAAGCUGACAGAAGAUACAAUGUAACAGGAAAAAGGAGGCACAGGUUUGAGGACCUAGGACCCACAGGUGGUGGUGGUGACUUAAGCAAGAGAUAGCCAUCCAGACUGCCAUUAAUCAGGCUGGUGUAUUUUCUUCAGAAAUCACUUUAGGGAUCAUAGUAGGGAAACUGCCUUUAGGAAGGGCUAGAAGUCGUGAGGGUACAGAAGUAGGAAGUUAACUGACCGCCCCAGGGAAGGGAGCCCCAGGGAAGGGAGCCCCAGGACCCUUCCCCGGGAACAGCGGUCAGGGCUGCCUUUGCCAGCUACCUUUAAGAUCACUUGCUAAUUCUAGGGCUCAGUAGGGCCAAACCCCAGUCUUUAUCUUAGCUUGCAUAAAGGCAUGCAUAUGUACAGUGAAACGUGUAUUCUGAUAGCAGAAACUGAAUUCAUAAGAAUCAGCAUGUUCUUUCGUGAAGUAGAUCAUAAGAUAGAACUGUAGACAUAACUCCAACGUGAGAAGUGUCCUUCAUUUUUCUUUUGUUACGGAGAAAAAAGUUCAGCAUUAGUGCUCUAGCACAGUGCGCUCCUAUAAGGUUGGUUUUGUACAGAACUAAGCACUUGUGUGGAUGUGUCCGUCAGUGGCGAGAGAGUGCCUGGACACUCUGGUCCAUUGUCUUUUCUCAGGCUGAAUUAUCUUCUGUGAUGAGCGGCCUCAUCCGAAGACAGAGAUAAACAACCAAUGGAGGAAUGUCUUUCUGGCGUCCAGACACAAACAGUUAAUGAGUUGACCAGCGUAGCCCAGAACUUCAAUUCUCCUUAGAUAGCCUGGAUAUUGGUGCUUAUACAGCCCUUAGGGGAUGGAGGGGAGUUGGCACCCAGGGAGCUGGGACUUCAAGAGUGUGUGUGUGUGUGUGUGUGUGUGUGUGUGUGUUGUGUGUGUGUGUCUGUGUCUGUGUCGCGCGCAACUCUUUAGAACACAUCUAAAGAGUUCCAGUGUAUUUCUAUGGUGCUUUGUUGCAAAGUUGCAAACGUAAUUUUUAUUAUUAUUUUUUUACUAAAGAAAACCCUUUCUGUUAAAGUUCUUUGGGAUUUGGCACUUAAAGCCAGUGCUUUUGCUACAGACAGUCACUGUGGCCACAGCUGGAUAAUACCAUAUCACUAGUGACAACUUCAAAAGCAGGCGAAGGAGAAACUACUCGGAGGGGCCCUCUAAGUGGCCACUCCCAUUUGAGGGCAAACAUGGGGCAGGGCACGUGGUUUCUAUUCUGUACAAAAUCUAGCCAACUGUGGGUAUUCAUAUUUUAACUGUUAGGUGGCUUACGCAUGCUUGGUAACUAAACUCAGAUGUGUCUUCUCUAUCAGUGCAGCUGAUGACUUGGGUGGAAUUCCCUUUUCCAUUUGCUGCUUUUGCCUUCUAGGAGGUGAAAGGCUCCUGGAAGGUCUCCAACUGCCUUCCCAUCUCUUCAUAUGUGUACACUCCAGCUGAGUGGCUAAAAAGGCAAUGGUCGUGACAGCUCUGUCCUCUCUGCCAUGGUCAGCUGCUCCCCUUCCUGUGCUGAGCUGUGGAAGUCAUACAUGGGCCACACCUCACUAACAUGUGCAUGCCUUCUGUUUGAAAGUCCCUGGCCAUUUCUGCACAUACCAGACUGUCUGUGCCUGUGUUCUAUGGUUGUGGAGAGUGGAUGAACAGGUAGAGCAGAUUCCCUUGGUAUCAGUCAAUUAUCCUAGUGUCUUGUCAUAGCUGUAUUAUCCUAACAAUAUUCUAUAAUUAAAAGUAUAAUUUUUAAACUCAAA